CGCCCAUCAACAAAGGGGCGCUCACCUCAUUGCACCCAAGUUCCCACGGGUUGCACAGUGGUCUUCAUGCCUCCAUCCACUCGAUGGACCAGUACUCCAGACAACCUCUCCGCGAUAACCACACCGAUGAAGAACUCGCGGACGACGCUCCUGUUUACGACCUCUACGAUGAUGGGACCGAUAUUCACCUGGCAACAGUGGAGGAGAAGAAGCGGUUGUGGUGGAAGAACGCUUUCAUCAAUGCGCUGUUCAUAGCUUCUUGGUUUCUCUUUGCGACUAUACUGUCAGUGUACAACAAAUGGAUGUUCUCGCCGGAACACUUUGGGUUUCCAGCUCCGCUCUUCGUCACAACCAUGCACAUGAUUGCGCAGUUCAUACUGGCCGCUGCCUUGCGUGGUCUAUUCCCCGAUCACUUUCGCCCAGAGCACAAUCCUUCAGGACGCGACUAUGCACGCAGGGCGGUUCCUACCGGUAUCGCUACAGGUUUGGACAUCGGAUUGUCCAACCUAUCUCUCAAAACUAUUACCCUAUCGUUCUACACUAUGAUCAAAUCGUCCUCUCUCGUUUUCGUCCUGCUCUUCGCAUUCUUGUUUCGUCUAGAAGUAUUCUCUCUCCGACUAGUCGGAGUAAUAACUCUCAUUGUGGCAGGCGUCGUGCUCAUGGUCGCCACUGAAACACAUUUCGUCCUUGGUGGCUUCAUACUCGUCAUCAGCGGAAGCGCACUAUCUGGUCUUCGUUGGAGUCUGACGCAACUCCUGCUGAAAGACAAACACCUCGGAAUGGCUAAUCCCGUGGCAACCAUCUUCUGGUUAGCACCGAUCAUGGGUAUUACAUUGGCGGUGAUCAGCAUGGUCAUAGAGGAUUGGCUAGGUUUAUUGGGAUCCGUGUUCUUCUCAAACGCAUCGCGUACCGUAAGGACUCUAUUCUUUCUUGCCGCCCCUGGUGUCAUAGCCUUUUCCAUGAUUCUGAGCGAGUUCUAUAUCAUCAAACGAGCGGGAGUCGUUCCCAUGUCUAUUGCAGGUAUCGCAAAGGAGGUUACCACCAUCAUCGUGUCGGCAUGGUUCUUUGGUGACGAGCUCACACCGCUCAACAUUACAGGUGUUGCAAUAACUAUAUGUGCAUUCCUCAACCUUCUCGUCCAGGCAUCGCUUUGUUUACCUUCCACAAAUACCGGAAGUCAAUAGAAUCCAACGUACCCCUAGACGCGCACGGAAAUCCGAUACUCGAGGAUGAGGACGUGAACUCAAAUACCACCCUUCGGGACGUCCAGUAUACUUCUUUAGAUGAAAGGCAACCAUUAACUCAGAUUUCAAAUAGAGGCUCGCAGGAGGAACCGGCACUACAUUCGCCUGAAGAGAUCCUUUUCGAUAUACCUCCAGACCAACGUUCGAAGCAUUCGUCUAUCGACACUCCUACUCGUUAGGUUUGACCGUUUCACAGUCUUCAGCAUUAAUCUACGGGAUGUCCAUGUCGAUCUUGGCUGGCGGGCUCAUCAUAUUUCAUUGCAUGUGUUGUACGUCAGGAUUAGUGGACUUCUCAUAUUUAUAUGGUAUCUUUCUCGGGAUAUCCCAUGGUUCAAGAAUUGGUGAUGCGUAAGCUAGUGCAUUGCUCCAGUCUUACAUUGAGGGAAGCUGGCGGAACGUAGUUGGCGAAGACAGUCCUCUCCCAAAGGAGCUACGUCUAUCUAGCUAUCGGGAACUCCUCGGGUCUUACCAAGGUCAUGGAAUACUAGAAACUGCUUAGCCCAGGAGCUGGCGCUGCGAUAGAUUGCUCCCGGAGCUCGACGAGCUUUCAGACGCCACAUUUUACCCAAUUCAACUCCAAGUAAUGAACGACCAUGGGUUCC